AUGUCACCCAGUCCCGCAAUCGGCGCGUUUGUCUGCCCACUUAUCAAGGAUUCCAAACACUACAAAAUGACGUCCGCUAUCGAAUCUGGUACGUGCAUCUACCUAUACAACACUCAAAGACACCACACGACGAUAUAUGAUCCCGAGCUCGGCACGAGCGCCUGUGAAUGCAGCCGCCAAAAGUCCAAGUUCCACAGCGUGAUCAAGAAGAUAUCAUAUUGCAUAAUCGUCUGCGCCCACGUCUCCGCCGCCAUAACCACAUUCAUCGCUAGCUUCCUCACAAUUAUGAGCUGGAAACAUCCUCAUACUGUACAACAAUGGUUUGAGAAUGGAUCGUGGGGGGUCGUCAUCUGGAGCUUGUUUAUCGUGAACGUCUGCAUGUGCUUGGUAUUGGAAGUCUCGUAUACGAUGCUCGAUAAGUAG